AUGGAGAAGGACUUGGGCGGGAGGACGGGUGGAGAGAACGUCCCCGGCAGAACAGUUUCCGAGAUGCAACGAGCAGAGCUGGCCCAGGGCAGGGACUGGGCCGGGGACCGGGGACCCCUGCGGAGGCAGCAGCUCCUCCUGGGCCUCAGGGAAUCAGCCCAGCCCGGUGUCAGCAAAGAGCCGUCCCCAGCUGCCCUUUGCUUCCUUUCUGGCAAGCUCUUCCCAGCUCCAGAUGCGAACAGGCGACUGGAUGUGACUGUCCUGUGCAGCAGCUGGGAUUCCUCAGCUCCUGUGGCUGCCUGCAGCACUUCCUGGGGGCCCUACCUUGGCCUGCAGUGCCCAGGGGAGACGGGGUCAGGUGGCAGCAGGGAGAGGACCCAGGACAUGGCAGAUGACAUGGGCAAGGGAGUAAGUGUGGAGCUAGACCAGAGGCAUAGUCGCACCCCAGCCCUGGCCACUAACGGAGCAGCUGCAUGGCGUAGCCUCGUGAGACGUGCGGUGGAGAGGAGAGCGGGGGCUGGAGACCUCCAAGUCCGGCCUCUGCUGCUCCGCACGGCGCCUCUCACCCGUGGAAAAGAGCGGCUACCCCUGUCCUUUACUGUAACGUUAGAGCUGGUGACCUUCAGCCGGGGGUCCUUCUCCCAGUGCCCUGGAAGGCACAGCUGGAGAGCUUGGGAGGUGCUGAGCACCUGCAGCCAGGUGGGGGGCCUGGGUGACUGUGGCGUGGUGGGGCCACCUGAGAGGGAGGCACGUGGGCUAUCCAGCCAUCCUGCCCCUCCCUGGAUGAACCCUGACAUGAUCUCUCCUGCAGGGGCGUGGUGGACGGAGCCUGGUCCUGAGAGCCCUGCGUGCAGCCGGUGGGAGCCAGCCCUUGGGACAGGCGAGAUGACUACAGAGCACAGGGACGUCCUGGUGCUGCUGCCCACCCAGGAGCAUCUGCGCCUGGUCGUGGGGGUGAAGGCCACCGGACGCGAGCUUUUCCAGCAAGUGUGCGACACGAUGAGCAUCAGGGAUGCCCCCUUCUUUGGCCUCUGCGUUGUCAGAAACCAUGAGUAUAUAUUUAUGGAUUUGGAGCAAAAACUCAGCAAAUACUUUUCAAAGGACUGGAAGAGAGAAAUAUGUAAAGGAAAUGAGAAACCCAGGGCGCCCUUCGUGGUCUUCCUGAGAGUGCAGUUCUACAUGGAGAAUGGAAGGCUCAUCAGGGACGUCGCGGCGCGGCGCCUGUUGUACGUGCAGCUGCGGGAGCGCGUGCCGAGUUCCGAGCGCGCGCACCGGGAGGACGCCUACUUCCUUCUGGUGUGCGCGCUGCAGGCCGACCUCGGCGACCUCGGCGACCUCGGCGACCUCGACGACCUGAGCAGCCGGUGCGCGCGGCGCUACUUCGAGCCUAGCGCCUACUUCCCGCCCUGGAUCGUCGCUAAGAGGGGGACCGACUACAUCCUCAGCCACUUGCCCGCCCUACACCGCGAGCAGCGCGGCCUGAGCCCCACGGAGGCCGAGCUGCACGUCAUCAGGGAGGCCUGCCAGCUGGAGGACGUGCCCGUCCACUUCUUCAGGCUGUACAAGGAUAAAAAGGAAGAUCACCUGACCAUUGUCCUGGGACUGACGCUCCAAGGAAUGCACAUCUAUCAGGGCAAGAAGCUGGAGAUCCAGCCGGACGGGCUGCCGUCGGCGCCGAAGCUGGUCUACUACACGGGCUGCGCCUGGCGCUCCCGGCACCUGCUGCAGCUGCUCCGCAGCAGCCACCAGCUGCACCUCGGCCUGCAGCCCACGCUGCGACAGCUGCAGCAGCUCGAGGCGGCGGAAGAGAAGAAGCACUACCGGGAGUCCUACGUCAGCGACACGCUGGAGCUGGACCUGGACCCGGUCGACAGGGGCUCCCCGGGCAGCAGGGACGGCAGCUGGUGCCCCCGCCACCGCCUCUCACUCUGCUCCGCCAGCAGCCACAGCAGCUCCCACAUGUCCGGCAUCGAGGUCGACUCCCAGCCGGAGUCUGGGGAGAUGUCAGUGGACGAGUCCGCGGGGGCUGCGGGGCUCCUUGGGAACACAUCGUCCAGCAGCUGCAGCACCAGCCAUGGCAGCAGCAGCACAGGCCAGCCCCGGGCUGACACUCAGGCCCGGCUGGAUGCUGCUGGCUUGGAGCCCUUCGCGGUGGCGCGAGUCACGCUGCUCAAGACCAGAGGCCGGAGUGCUGAGGCCCCACACCAGGUCGGGGAUGUGAAAGCCAGCGGCAGUGAGCAACGGCACAGCUGCAGCCUGGACGACGUGCGUCUGUGCCGGCCGGCCCCAUGCCCUGCACCCGCCUCACACAGCUGCACCUUUGGCUGAGCCCCAGAGGGAGGGCUGGCCGCCCCCUGCGAGACCAGGGCCACCCUCCACAGCAAGAGGCCCAUGAACUGCCUCUCCCUGGACCUGCUCGGGGAGGAGCCGCUGCCAAAGGAGUUUGUGGUGUAG